AUGUUAUGCAACAGAUUUUUGAGGUUUGGGAGUCUUCGAGCAGGGUAUAUCACUAGACACACCGAGUUAAGGCAGUUAAGCUAUAUCUGGAGAGGCUUGAAUCCACCUCAGUGCUCAGCUUAUUUGUGGGAUUGCAAGUCAAAAAUAGCAAGAAAGAUGAUGGUGGAUUCUGGUGCAACUGCUAAGGGAGGACCUGUUAUUGAUAUUUUACCUGAGAAGGAUGAUGAUGGAGGAUAUGCUAGUGGAGGAUGGAAGAGUGAAGAUGGAAGAUUGAGCUGUGGAUAUUCCAGUUUUAGAGGGAAGAGGGCUAGUAUGGAGGAUUUUUAUGACAUUAAGACUUCAAAGAUUGAUGGGCAAACAGUCUGUCUCUUUGGAAUAUUUGACGGUCAUGGUGGUUCACGUGCAGCAGAGUAUUUGAAGAAACAUCUCUUUGAGAAUCUCAUGAAGCAUCCAAAAUUUAUUACAAACACCAAAUUGGCAAUAAGUGAAAUAUAUCAGCAGACCGACAGAGAUUUUUUGGAGUCUGAGAAAGAUACUUUCCGAGAUGAUGGUUCAACAGCUUCAACAGCAGUUCUCGUGGGUAAUCACCUAUAUGUCGCUAAUGUUGGAGAUUCACGGACUAUAAUAUCAAAGGAUGGCAAAGCUAUUCCACUCUCGGAGGAUCACAAACCAAACAGAAGUGAUGAGCGGAAGAGAAUUGAAAAUGCUGGAGGUGUUGUAAUGUGGGCAGGCACUUGGAGGGUUGGAGGUGUCUUGGCCAUGUCCCGUGCUUUUGGAAAUCGCAUGCUGAAGCAGUUUGUUGUGGCUGAACCUGAGAUUCAGGAUCAAGAGAUUGAUCAAGAGCUCGAACUUCUUGUGCUUGCAAGUGAUGGACUUUGGGAUGUUGUACCCAAUGAGGAUGCCAUCUCACUUGCACAAAUAGAAGACGAACCCAAAGCAGCAGCGCGGAAGUUGACAGAAACGGCUUUCACCCGUGGCAGUGCAGACAAUAUUACCUGCAUCGUGGUGAAGUUUCAUAAUGACAAAACAGAACCUGAGGAAACCCAUCAAACUUUUGAAGCAAACUCUGAGGAAACCCAGCAAACAUCCAAAUCAAACACCAAGGAAACCCUGCUUGCUUCCAAAGCGAACUCUGAGGAAAGCCAGCGAACUUUCAAAGCAAGCACUGGGGAAACCACAAAAAAUUACAAGUCGAAUCCUGCCCUGCAUACUUCCGAAGCAAACUCUGAGGAAACCCGGCCAACUUUCAAAGCAAACGCUGAGGAAACCCAGCAGACCUCCAAAGAGAACACUGGGGAAACCUCAAAAAAUACUCCAAAUCCCAAUGAAUCCCAACAAAAUUUUUCUUCGGGGGGUUUUGACCAAAAAAUUUCUAGCUCUCUACAGAAAUCCUCCCCAUUUCAAUUUGGUGGGAAAAAAAACCACCAAAUUCAACUCCAGGCGGUUCAGAUUAUUAUUUUAAUUGUUAACAUGCCAUAUUAA